CACCCGCUCCACUAAUGCGCCCCCCCACACUCUGGAGCAGCCCAGUGGAUAUCCGUACAUACAUCAUCGUCAACCUGCAGCUUGCGACAUCCGCCCAGUCGCAGCUCUCCCGAACUCAGCUUACUCAGGGAAGCCAUCAACGUAACGAAGCGCGUGCCAACAAAUCCCGACACCCACCAUGGCGACUGACGACGGAGGCGCCAUGUUUCCCGGCGGCGGCGGCGAUGGCGACCGCGUCAAAUUCGAGCCGUCGAUGCUGAACAGCAUCUUCACGGCCCCGAGCCUGCCCUUUUGGGCCCUCGCCUCCGGCUUCACCAAUCAAUGGUAUCAGACCCAAAUCAGCGACGCUGUCCGGUACGCCGCCAUGGCAAUACACCGUCCGCUGGACGUUCGAGAGGCCAGGGCCAUAGCCGAACACACGGCCACCGGCUUCCACCUGCAGGCCACAUACGAGCCGCCGAUUUGGAUCGCCUCGGCGUGGUUCAUGGAGCGCCGCUAUCGCGCCACAUUGCGCCUCCCCUUCUGGAGGCCCGACCCAGCCAAGUACAAUAUAUCCUCCUUCCCGAGCAUAGCCAAGCCCACCCUUGUCGGGCCCCAAGCCCGCUUGGCCUGGAUAGCCAUGCGAUUCAUCGUUUACGGAGGCGUAACCCACUACGCCAUCACCGGUCCUCUCAUAUUUUUCUGGGGACGCGCUGUCACCAUGGCGGGCUUCCUGGGCGACGAAGAUCUCCAAGAGUUCCGCGAGAAACUAAAGAUGCACCAAGCACAGCGGGCUGGCGGCUUUAUUCCUGGGAUGGGCGAGAUGCCACAGAAGCCCCAGCAAGACGAAGAAGAAGGAGCAACAUACUCGUCAUACGGCGGCGCCUCAGAAGUAACUAGUGCCCCGGCACCUCGAAAGUCAGCCUGGCAGGCGCGCUGGGAAAACACGCAGAGACAGAAACAGGAGGCGGAGGUGCGGCGCCGUACGCAGGACGAUGACGACGCAGACCUGUUUAACGACGCCUCCCUCGUCGCCCCGUCCGCUCCUCCGGCCGCGGCUUCGAGCGCCCCACAGACAGGGUCCGCGUGGGAAAAGCUCAGGAAGAAUCCGGCGGCCGAGGCCGGCGCAUCACAAAGCUGGGCAGCUCGGCGCCAACAGCAGCAGCAGCAAAAUUCUACCAAGGACGACGAGUAUGUGUACUCGACGCAGGAACGAAACACCGCCAGCGAAAAGGAGAAGGCGCAAAGGGAGUUUGAUGCGAUGCUUGAACGGGAGAGGAGUGGCCAGGGGAGCAACUCAAAUAAUCGUCGCUUCUGAAAUGUACGGCGGGGUUCCGGACUCUUGUGUGACUAACUAGAUACCUAGGUACCUGACAUACGUAUACGUGACUGAGGUUACUCGCGGUUCGACCGUGUGUAUCAUCGAUUUUUUUUUUUUUUUUUUUUUU